AUGUAUGUGAGACUUAGUGAAUUAUUUACAAAUGAUCAGUAAGAAAAAGAUAAAAAAAAGGAAAAAUAAAUUUAUAGACCAGCUGGUAGUUCAAUUUAUGAAGACUCAAUGAUUUAAAUAGAGGAUUUUAAUACUAUGAGAGAGUCUAAAAGCUCUAAAAACAUCAUAAAUAAAUUUAAAUAGUAAAUAAAGAAUUCAGUUGAUCUUCUAAAUUCUCCUAAAUCCAAUUUGUUUGGUAGAGAUCCAGUAAUCAAAUGGAGUUCUUAAAAUUUUUUUAAACAAACUAAAAAAUAUUACAAUUAAGUUUCUCAUCAUAAUUUACAGAGCAAUGAUUUCCAUAAUUAAGCAAUGUAAACAGGAUUUAGUAAAGCUUCUUCUUAGUCUUAUAAACAAAGAACAAUAGAACAAUUAGAUCCUUUAAAACAAGCCAAAUCUAUCAUUCAAAAUGGUAAAAUAGACUCAGCUGAUUGGGCCAACUUGAAAGAAAGUAUUGAUGAAUAACUGAGCAGAAAAGCCCACACUCUUUAAACAAAGAGUAGUUAUCCUUCUAUUAAUGUUGCUAAUAAUUAUGAUUAUAACAAAAAAAUUUCAAUGAAAGACAGAAUCAACACAAUGAAUAAUUAAUUUUAUCAAACAAAGCUUGUAUUCAGUGAUAGUUUUGAGAAAAAUUAAAAUAAUUAAUAGCGAAAGGAUGAAUCCUCUAGAUAUCUUUAUGAUAAUAAUACCCUUAGAUCAAGUUUUGGAAAAUCUUCAAAUAACUUUUUUGCUAAGUAGGACUAAAACAACUUCAAGAAUAAAAAAGAUUUAUUUAAAUCCAUAUAAACAGAAUAAAGUGAUGAAAUUAAUUAAACUGCUUUCCAUGCAAAUCAAAAAGUUCAGCAUAAAAUGUAAAGCAGCAUUUGUAUUGCUCAAAUCAAGUUAGUUAAAGGAGGUUAUGUUAAGAAAAAAGAUAAGGUAAAAUUCUAAAAUUAUUAUGAUAGUGUUUCAGAAAGACUUGAGGAUAUCAAGCAUGGUAGAAGUCUAAAUAAAUUAGAAUUUACAAAAAUGUAUGACUUUAAUUGGUAAAAUAUAAAAUAUUAACCUGCUAAUCAAAAAGAAGAUCUGAAUUUAAAUGAAAUAAAAAAGUUAUAUCUUAGGGAUAGAAAUGUUACUGCUUAGAGUUAAAUAGAUAUAAAUUUGACAAAGAAAGAAAAAGAGGAAUAGCAAAAAUAAUUAAAGAUCCAAAAGCAAAAAGAGGAUAGGGACAUUUAAGAAUAUAAAAAAAAAACUAUGUUUUCAUAUAAAAAUUAUGAGGAAGAAUAAGAAAAAGAAUAAAGUAGAAUCAAAAUUCAAAAUUUAAAUGAAACAGAUAAUUCUAUUGAUUAUGACAAACUUUUUAAUGGAAUCUCAUCAAAGGAUACAGUGAAUAAUUUUGAAAAAGAAAGAUAUAAAAAGAUUCGUAAAUUACUCAGAGAAUCUCUUUGGAAGCAUUAUGCUCUAGGAGUAACAAUCAAAGAAGCAAUUAUUCAUAACAUUUUUAAGAGAGUACCAUUUUCAAAGCCUAUUGCAGAAGAUUUUUUCACUGCUGUCAAAUCUAACGAAAUACAGAAAGUUCAAUAAUAUCUAAUUAAAGAUAAAUAUUUAGUUUAUUAGUUUGAUAGUACUCUAUAAACUCCUUUACAUUGGGCAGCAAAGAGAGGUUUUUUAUAAAUAGCAGAAAUGUUAAUUAGUAAAAAUUGUGAUGUUGAUUCAAGAGAUGAGUUGGGUAGGACACCUUUAUAUUUCGCUUACAGAGAGGGACAUAACUAAAUGGGAAAACUACUUCUAUUAUAAAAAGCCUCUCCUUGGUCUAAUAAAAAAAAUAAUAUCGAUUUGAUGGUUUAUUCAAGAGACAAUAAUGACAAAUAAACAAUUAAAAUAGCAAAAUAAAUACACUUAAUGAUGAUGAUGGCUAAAUUCAAAUAAAAAUAAAAGAUUUGGGAUGAUACAAAAUACUUAUUUGAAGAUAGAAAUACGACUUUAACUUUAAAUAAAGUUUGA